CUGUCACGGCGCGCGAAAGAUCAAAUCAGCUCCCGGUGCUGCUGAAGAGGCGGGAGGACCCAGAACCGACCGGACAGUCACCGCCAAUGUGCUUUAGGACGUCCAAAUAACGCUUCACUCCUGCCGAGGCUCACUUUGGAGGCUACCGCGGUCCGACGAAGCUCCGUGUGUGCCGGUUUAUUGCCGGUUUAUUCCCGCUGAAGACGGUACAGCUAGCGGCGGAGAUGAGCCUGGUGGUUCCUCAGCAGCAGGCUGAUCCGAUCCCUGCGGUGGUCCAGACUUCCACAGAGAGCGAUUCAGACAGCGGGAUGGGAUCUCCAGCUGAGGAGAUGGUCACAGAGAUGGUCACCAAAAGAGAAGAACUUCCAGAUUCUGAUGAUGAUGAUGAUGAUGAUGAGGAGGAGGAGGAUGUCGUAGCUCACAGGAAGCCUCACCGUAACGCCAUCAAGGACAGCGACAGCGAGGAAGAGGAGGCAGAGAACAGCGUCAGCAUGGCUGAAGCUCUGGUUCUAUCCACCUCCAGCGGAGACGAGAUGGACACCGGAGAGGCUGAGGAGAAGGACGAGAGGAAAGAAAAGGGAGGGAAGAAGAACAAGAGGAUCAGCCGAGCUCCUGCUGACAGUGAAAAAAGUGAAGCAGAACGAGAGGAAGGAGAAGAAACCGAGGAGCCAAAGAAGGAAGUGAAGUCGACGAAAGAUUGGAAGAAGAGAGAGAAGAGCCAGAGACAUCGAGAGAAGAAGGAAAAACGAAGCAAAGCAGUGGAAAAACUGAAGAAAAAAGAGAGAUUCUCCAGAAGAGAUGAAGACUCGCCUCUUCCUGGGGCUCUGAAUGACAGCGGGUGUCAGCUGGGCGACACAGAUCUGUACAACGCCGGUCUGGAUGAGGAGGAGGAGGAGGAUGAGGAAGAGUCUCUGGAUGCCAUCAGAGCUGCAGUCAAACAGAAGAUGAAGAAACAUAAGGAUCCUCUCCUGGAUGAUGAGGAAGAUGAAGAAACACCAGAGAAACCCCAGCGUGUGGAGAGGAAGGCGGCCCGAGCCAGCAGAGAGGCAAUGAAGCAGCUGCACAGCGAGGCUCAGAGGCUGGUCAGAGAGUCGAUGCUGGGCCUGCCCUACCACAUCCCUGAACCCAAGACCAUUGACCAGUUCUUCAGGAGGAGAGCCAGGCCUGACGGUCCUGCUAUGGCUCUGCUCAAAUCUACAAAGUACUCAGAGAUGAUGCUGGAGGCUCCAUCAGCUCCUCCUCCUCCAGCUGAACCCCAGCAGAAGGACUCUCCUCCUCCUCCUCUGGAUCUGUCCUCCACUCAGAUCCAGCCUUUACAGCCGCCUGCAGCCACAUCGUCCCCCCAGCAGGAGAACCUCAGCCAGCCCAGAGGAACCCCCCAGACCCCCGACCCUGAGCAGGAGUCUGGCCCGAUGCUGUACCUCUCUGAGAGUCUGCAGGAGUCGGCCCCAGACGCUGGAGGGAAUCCUGCUCCUGGUUCUGGAGAGGAAACCUCCACCGCCCUGAAAACAGAAACUCAUCCUGGGGGUUUGGUUGAACCUGAAGCUCCUCAGAGUCUGAACGUUUCUCCAGCAGAACCUUCAGCGCAGCUACAGAUCAAGCAGAAGAAGGACAAACUGGCCCGGCUGAAGGAGCUCGGUCUGGAUCCUCCUCCUGUGGCCAGACUGUGUCCAGACGACGGAGCGUUUGUUCAGCUGGAGGUGAAACAGAACAACACCGCCCUGGAGGCCCUGAAGGAGCGCUACCUCCGCCACGUUCAGCCUCCAACACGACCUCCAGGAGAACGGACGGUCCAGCUCAGCAUCAUCCGUAAAGACCAGGAGGAACUGCUCUCUGAGUCCGUUAGCGUCACCGUGAAGGAGGGAACGGAGGAGCCGGCCACCUCCAAACCAGGAGAGAAGCUGCUGAGUCUGAAGCAUCGCCUGCAGCUCGCCAUGGCCCAUCGGAGGAAACAGGAGAGGGCUCGCAAGGCCGAGCUCCACCGCCUCGACAACGAGGACUGUGGGGAGGAGGAAGAGGAGGAGGAGGAGGACAUGACGGAUGAGUCAGAUGAAGAGGAGGGUGUCGAUGACCUAUUAGGAGGAGAUGAUGGAGAGGAAGAGGAGAAGGGGGAGGAGGAAGGCAGCGUUGUCCAGAGCAUCAGGAGUCCUUCUCCUGUGGCACUGAGUGAACCUUCACAGACUCCUGAUCUGGUCAACACCGACGGCACGUUGAUGCUGUUCCCCGGCAGCUCCUGCUCUCGUACCGGGGACGGUGUCAGAAGGUCUGGACCUCCUGGACAUGACAGCAGCAAUAAGAUGGAAGAGGACGAUUGUCUGUCUCUGGUGAAGGACAACAGCCACAACAGCAGCUUUGAACUGGCUGCCUCCAUGAUCACGUCCUACCAGCCAAUCAACAACCAGCGCUCUGCAGGGAGAGGGAUCUCCACCUCCUCCAUCUUCCGUUCUCCUUCGCCCUGCCUCUUCAGGCCCAGCUUCCUGGGAUCUGCUUCCAAGAGUUCAGGUAAGCUCUCGGAGCCCUCCCUCUGCCUCCCCGUCGAGGACUCCCAGGACCUCUACGCCCCUCCGUCCCCCGGUGCUGAUUCUGGUCCUCUGGGUGGAGCCGGUUCUGGUCCCGGUUUGGGAGGAGACUCUCAGGGUCGGUUCUCCCUGGAGGACGACACUCAUUCCCAGCUCCUGGACGCCGACGGCUUCCUGAACGUCGGCCCGCGACCCGGAGCUCCUCGGUCCCACAAGAGGCAGCUGAUCCUGGACAGCCUGGACGAGAACGCCAUGGACGCCAACAUGGGGGAGCUGCUGGGGCUGUGUUCAGGGGUGUUUGGGUCGGCAGAGGGCGGUAAAGGUGGAGGUCUGGGGGCAACACAGGAGGAGGAGCUGCUCGGGUUGUGUUCAGGAGCUUUUCCUCCGACUCAGGCUGGAGAGAAGACGACUGAAGCAGAGGAGCGUAAAGAGGAUGAAGGGUCUGAAAACACCAUGGACCAGCUGCUGGGGCUCUGCUCAGGAAAGUUUCCUAGUCCAGGUUCUGCUCAGACGGCUUCACCAGCACAUGACAGUAAAAAGAAGCCUGAGGAGGAGGAAGAGGACUGUGAGUUCAGACUUCUGUCAGAUGUAGGAAGUGAGCAGGAGGAGGACAGUGAUGAGGAGGAGGAGGAGGAUGAAGGUGAUGCCAGUGAGGAGGAGAACGAUGAGGUUGAAGAGGAGGAGAUGCAGGCGGUGUUCAUGCCUCACAGAGUCCAGAAGAAGAAGAAGAAGAAAAUGCGUCUGACCGACUAUGUGGACUCGGAGGCUGAGCUGUCGGGCAGCGAUGUGGGCAGUGAGGAUGAGGACGCCGACCGAGGCAGCGAGUACGAAGAGGAGGACCUUCUGGAGGACCUUCCCUCUGAUGAAGAGCUGCAGGACCAAGUCAACAAGAUCCACAUGAAGCAGAUCAUGGAUGAUGACAAGCGUCGCCUGAGGCUCUAUCAGGAACGUUAUCUGGCCGACGGGGAUCUCCACUCUGACGGACCGGGAAGAGCUCGACGCUUCCGCUGGAAAAACAUCGAUGAUGGAUUCAACAUGGAGCGGAUGGGAGCAGAGGGGGAGGAGGAGGGAGAGGAAGAUGAAGAUGUGGACCAGACGGAGGUCCAGAGGAGGAAGGAGAGACUGGAGAGAGAGCAGUGGCUCAGAGAACAGUCUGAACAAAAAGCCAAGAAAGGAGAAGAUGUGGAGGCCGACGACGAGAAGAUGGGAGAUGAAGACAGUCACUUUAUGAAGCUGGCAAAGAAGCUGACGGCAAAGACUCUGCAGAGGAAAGAGCCUCCAGCGGCGCCACAACCAGAGAAGACCUCGACCCUGAAUCCCUUCCAGAGACCCUCCCAGCCUGCUCAGGUGAGGAGAGGUUCCCUCCUCAACCAGCCUCAGUCCGUCCUCCAGAAACUGGCCUCCAUCUCUGGAGGAAACCCUCUGGCUCCCAGAAACAGCCGAGGUUUCCUGUUCCAGACGCUUUCACCCGAGAAGGUCGACAACACGUCAGACGCCCCUCAGAAACAGAUGAUGAAGAAACGAGGUCGGCUGGACGCCACGAAUCCAUCAGCCAAGAGGAUCUGCAGAGAAAACCAACCAGCAGCUCUGACUAAAGCUUCUCAGAGGAGCAUCUUCAGCUUCCUGGACCACUGAGGAGAUCCAGACCCACUGAGGAGAUCCAGACCCACUGAGGAGAUCCAGACCCACUGAGGAGAUCCAGACCCACUGAGGAGAUCCAGACCCACUGAGGAGAUCCAGACCUACUGGAGGAUCUGAGGAGGGUCAGACUCCGUCCUCCUCCUCCAGCAGGUUUUUCUUCCAAACUAAACCUCCUCCAGCUCUGCUCUGUUUACAUUUUAAAUCCGUUAUUCUGAGGUUUUUUCUUGCUGUUCCAUUUAAAAUGUUUUAUCGUGUAAAUAGACUGAUUCUGUUUUUAACAUUUAGGGUUUUUCUGUAUGAAAAUGUUUUACUUUGUAAAUAAAAGUGUAUUUUAAGACUGA